AUGUCUACCACCGAUCACCCGGAGUCCGGGGUGCCCGACUCCAGCGACCAUCACGAGUCGGGGGCCACCACGACUUCUCCGCAGCAGAGCUCCCUACCCCAACCCACGACCACGGAGUCUACUUCUAGCCCAGCAAAUUCAGACCCGGUCGCCGAUGCACCCACAUCUACCGCAUCGGCGGAUUCCCAGCAAUCUCCCUCGGGCGAAGAUACAGCCACUGCGCCCCAGCACCCCGCAAGCGGUGGCGAAAGCGUCGCCCCUAUGACAGCAAUGACUGGCUCCACGACGACCCCGGCCAACGACACCACCACCACCGUCGCGCAGUCGCAAAAUCUAGACACGCCAUCAAUGGGGACUCAUGAGCCUAAGUCUGGCGCGGAGCUUUCGUCGGACCAGUCGGAGGAUAUCUCGGGGAAGGAGGUUGAGGAUGCGGGUCCGACACUGGUCAUCACGUUGCUGUUGACGACGGGAUCGCGACACCCUUUCACGAUCGAUGCGAAGUAUCUGCGAAAGCAAUCGGUCAAUGUCGAGAAUGAUGAUCCCUUCGCGAUGAGCGUUUAUACGCUGAAGGAGCUGAUUUGGCGGGAAUGGCGAUCGGACUGGGAAACUCGCCCUUCGUCGCCGAGCUCUAUCCGUCUGAUCUCUUUCGGCAAGUUGUUGGAUGACAAGUCUCCUCUGUCUGACUCUAAAUUCAGUGCGGACCACCCCAACGUCGUACAUAUGACCGUCAAACCGCAGGAGGUGGUGGACGAGGAAGAUGCCAAGGGUGCAAAGGCGCACUUGAACCGCGACCGCGAAGCGAGUGAGCGCAGCCCUGGAUGCCGCUGUGUCAUCCUAUAG